UAUAAUACUUAAAUAUAUUUGUACUUUCAGUUUUGAUUAAUUGUAUGAUGUUUUUGAUUAUUGAUGCUGAAUUUUUUUCACUUCAGGUAGUAUUGCUGGUGUAAAACGUAAGAAUAUUAUUCAUGGUAUGCUGGUAAUGAACAAUAAUAAAAUUCGUCUGAUGGAACCUGAUGAUGCUAUGUGUGAACUUGGUUUAACGCCUCAUCAAAUCCGUUUCACAUCUACCAUUCACAUCGACGAUCCUGCUGGAGUUCCUGCAUCGAGGCUGACUGAUGUCAUAUAUUCUAAAGUUAAAAACCUUUUUGAAACUCGAUCUGUACAAUUGGCACUUGACUGUUCUAUAACAGUGGCAUCUGUUCUGAUUCAAGUUAAUGUAAGAGAAGACGAUACUAAGAGUAUAUGUGUAUCUUGGGGAUAUCAGGAUGAAGAACUUGGGAAGUAUCUACUUCCAGCCAUCAAAAACUGGGUCUCGGAGAUUAAGUAAAGUGUCCAAGAUUGUCUAAGGAGUCUUGAAAUGUGCAUAAAAAAGAGCUUUUGUAUGUAAAAAAAGGAAAUUGUAAAUAAAAAAAAAAUUUUGUGUGUG